AUGUCUAAUGGUACUCAUAUUUACAUAGGCGUCUGGACUGACUGGUCUCAGGGUCAGAUUUGUGGAGCAACAUUGACAUUGUCGCAACUAAAUGCUGGAAUUUUGAUUUCCUUCUUAGCUCUCCUCGCGACCUCUGCCGGCGGAUUGUUCUGGAGUAUUGUCGCCUUCUCAAUCCAUCAAUCAAACACAACACCAGAUGGGGAAAUAAAGGAUGCCCUCCAGACCUUCCGUCAGCUCAUUUUCCGCAAUAAAGCUGCGAUAACCGCAGCCUGGGCGUUUCUGAAGCUUCCAUCCACUAAUAAGGACACGCCAAAGCGCUUCUGGCGGUCCAUCCCUUUUGCAAUAUUACCCAUCCUCAUUCUCCUUAUUUUUGGUGUCUUGAGUCUUUGCACAAGCUAUAUUUCCAAGCAGGACAAGCGACUUUACUCUGAUCGUCAGUUCGGACUGUGGAGGAUUCAAGGUUGA